GUAGCAGGUGCUUUCUGCACUUGGGUUUGCAUUAAAAACGAAGUUCAUCAAAUGUCAUUGUUCGUGAGGUCCCUGGAAACAGCGGGGACUGACGGGGAACUGAAGCUUGAAGGUGCGACUUCACCGCCUAAAAAAACGUGGGCUGGACCCCGGCGGCAGAAUUCGUGAUUUUUUCUCCCUUGGGUCCAGUCGCGCGAUUCGGCGCAGCUCUUGUGCCAUUGACACUGGACAAGAUCCAAGAUUCUGCUCGCCAACAUCCUACUGUAAUCCAAUAAACCAUGACCGCAGAGGUCCCCAAGGGAAAGGGCAGAGCUCUCCGAGCGAAGCCCAUGGUGGAAGAGGAAGUCGCGGCCGUCGCGUCGCCCCAGCACACCAAGAGGAAAGCUGCCGAGGAUGCGUCUCCAAUAGCGUCCAAGAAGGCGAAGCCCGCCAAGGCGGCGCCAGCGGAGAAGAAGGCCAAGGAGAAGAAGGAGGCCGCCCCGGCCGUUCCGGAGGAGGACGCGCCUUCCAAGUCAAAGACGAGGAAGUCUGCCAAGAAGGCGCAAAAAGAGGAUCCCGUCGAGGAGCCUGUGGAGGAGCCCGCCGCCGCCGAUACCGAUGAGGGGGUCGACGAGGAAGACGACGAGGAGGACCAAGCGCUUGUGCAGACGCUGGGGUUCAGCGACGAUGACGAUGACGGCCAGGAGGAGUCGACUUUCAAAGAGGGCGGUGACGUCGGGGUCAUACCCAAGGUGUCCAACAAGACCAAGAAGAGCAUCGAGGCCUCGGCGGGCGACGGGCCGAGGGUCAUAUACAUUGGCCACAUCCCUUACGGUUUCUUCGAGCAUGAGAUCAGACAGUAUCUUACCCAGUUUGGCACCAUUACCAACCUCCGCGUGUCGCGAAACAAGAAGACGGGCGCCAGCAAGGGCUACGCCUUUGUGGAGUUCUCCGAUGCCAGCACAGCGGCCAUCGUGGCCAAGACCAUGGACGCGUACCUCCUCUUCGGCCGCAUCCUCAAGGUCAAGCUGGUGCCCAAGGAGAGCCAACACGAGAGCCUGUUCAAGGGCGCCAACCGGCGGUUCAAGAAGGUCCCCUGGACCAAGAUGGCCGGCAAGGAACUAGAAAAGCCCAAGGGCGAGGCAACCUGGGAGAACAAGGUCAGCCGCGAGUCUAGGAGACGGUCGGGCAGACUUGAGAAGCUUAAGGCCUCGAUGGGGUACGAGUUCGAGGCACCGGCACUCAAGUCGGCGUCGGCCGCUGUUGCGGAUGCUAAGAAGGCGCCGGCGCUGGAAGACAAGGAGGAGCCCAAAGCCAUUGAGGCACCCCCGGUUGUGGACGAGUCGCCCGCGGCCGCUGAGCCCGAGGCGGAGGCUGAGGCUGAGAAGACCAACGGCGCUUCUACGAAGAAGGCCAAGGCGCCGGCCAAGGGAAAGAAGGGAGCCAAGGGCAAGAAGGUCAAGUCAUGAGGGAGCGGUGAAUACGUGUAAAGCCUGUGUUUCUACCGUAGGGUCACAGGUUAUGUUAUGGAUCAUAUAAUGAUGAAUGAAGGAGGUCCUUCAGACCCGCAUCAGAGCAUGGCAUGUAUAUAAAGUGUGUGCACAUAGCGAAUCUGACACGCCAAAAGCAAGCCUCUGGGAGACUUGGGCAAAAAGAGCCAGGAUUAUUAAAGUGCGAGACAAUUCGUCUGCUUCAGGCCUGUUGUGAAUAGAGCCAUUGGGUCCGGACCAGAAAUGCAUCUGCCGAGGCCUAUUCUAGACGGG